AUGGAGCCCGCUACGAAGUCAGAUCACAGUGGACACAAUUCAACCGCAGACGGGAUCGGCCGGAAAAGAGCUGUGGAGUGGUUCGUGGGCAUCGAGACGGGCUGGCAUGUAACCUCGCGAUCAACAAAACUCAACCUUCACGACCCUGACCCGGGCACGAUCCACCACGGGCGCCGUGUCGAGACCGGUGACGAGCACGAGCACGCCGCGUUCCCACCGAGGAAUGAUGAUGAAUCCCAUCACAUCCGCGUGUGA